UGCGAGCUGAGAACGAAUGGAGACCUCAAGUGGCAGUUCCUAGUGGUCUGGCAGACGGAACCUCGAGGUUCAGUGGAAUCCCCUUCCCCGGAGCACUUCCGGUGCGGUCUAAUCGAAAUCAUUGAGGAACCAGGAAAAAAACCGGACAUUAUCACCGAGCAGAAGUUCGCAGGGCCUCGACGAUUGGGCCAGAACUCGUCAUCUGGUUGUUGGCUGUCAUGCCCCACGAAGAACGGGACAAAGGGGAAGAGCUCCCAUCAAUGUCCCACGAAGCAAGUCUCGGCUCGGCCGUCCGGUAUGGUCUUCGCUCAGAAAGGCAAGUCGCAAGGCGAUCGUGAUCCGGGUUCCCGAUCGAGGUGCCACUGUAUGGUCUGAAAAAGCAGUCUGGCUCUUUUGUCGCCCUGGCAGCUCACGAGAGGACCAACAUCUGCAGCAUAAGAUUCAGAGGAAUCUUGCGCCCGCGGAGGUCGUCGAGUGUCCGGGCUCUGCGAGCGCAUUGUGACGGGACCGAGGAGCGCGGCAGUGCAGGAAACGAGGUCUUCGGGCAGUGAGCGAGCGAGCACUGGCAUUAGUGGCGCACGUUGACCGCACGAUGUGGAUGUGCGAGAGAGAGCGAGAGAGCGAGCUGCAGAUUUGACUUAAUUUGGACUCUCUGCACGCCACGGAGCCAGCGGGUCACGAAAUCCUCUCGCGUCGCAUCGACUGCCUCGUGCUUCGUCGGCCGACGACCACAGUCCGACGACGUGCCUCGAGGGCAGCAGGCAGCAGGCAGCAGCGGGGUGGCAGACAGAGUCGGCCGAAGGCGACAAGUAAUGAGUUGAGAACGAUUGUUUAUGAGCCACCGCUAGAGUUCAGAUUCUUCCCUUCGACUCUACCGCAGUGGUAGGAGAUACCGAGGAUCGACCAGUACCUGCUCACUGCAAUGAGCUCUGAUUCGGAAGCAGCGGCCUUUGCAGCGCCAUUCAAGCCACCGCCGGUCAGCCAUUCUCUCUCUUCUUCUCAAACCGCGUGUGAUCUUGAGAAUUGCUUGUGAUGGUUUUCCAUGGGGAUAUGGGACGCGCAGCCACAAAGUUUGUGGAAGUGUGGACGCCCGAUGGAACAGUUCGGCGGUUCGCCAGUGGAACGAAGGCGAAGUUUGCCAUCGACAGAAUCAACAACAGGAUAGAAGAUAGCAACGUGAGGGUGGACACGAUCGAAUCUGUCAAGGAAGGAGAAGAAAGUGUGGAAUUUGGGCCGGACUCGGAGCUUGUUUCCUACGGCAAGGACUGGAAAUUGAAUGCCGUCUGCCACAGCUGCAGUGCCGAGGCGUUUAGGGUUUCUUCAGAGCAAGAGUCUAACGGGGGACCACCCGCCAACGAAGCCCGCAAGAGGAAAAAACCGAAAGCACAAGAAACUCAAAAGCUGUUCAACGCGGCCGACUUCUACCCCGGAGGAGUAUUGCCGCAAUGUUCUCCACCGCAAAAUACAUGCGUGUACAUCUCGAAUGUUCUCAUCGUCUUCGGUGUACUUUUUGCCCUCGCCGGCAGCUGGGUCUAUUUUCUGGAGUCCAAGUUCUUCGUCAUAAAAUAAUAAAUUCCACGACUUACAAGGCUUCUAGACAUGAGCGAGUAUCUAAAUGAAUGCAUGCUUUCCGUCUCCGAAAUCACAAGUAUGUUUUCCUCACGUGGAAAUUAAUCGAUCCACGGACUCACACAAUUUUCCUGCGACGAGGUUUGUCCAGCCCAGGCGCAUUUAGUGCGUCAAUAGCCUCGAUAGGUAUUUCUUGGUGGUAAAACGGGACUUCGAGUAAUCUAGCAAAAAGAAUGGGAAGGGGCUGAGCUAGGCCCCGAUAGAAUCACGAUCAUUAUUGUGUCCUUCAUGAUGUACAACAAUUUUCUUAAUAGGUAUUUUCUUAUGGGCAUGUCAUUGUGCGCGAAGAUACUUUCCAGC